GCCGCUCGGCAGCCGCCGCUCCCGGACGGCGCCCGGCAGCCAUGAUCAAGCACUUCCUGAAGGAGGACUCAGAGGAGGCUGAGCUCACCCAGUUCCUCCGGGACUGUCCCCCCACCGACAGCCCCUGCAAAGUGGAGCCCCCCGAGGGCAGGCGGGAGCCCGGCCACCCCCUCUGUGGCAGGGUCCCCACCGAGGAGCCCGCCGAUGGCAGGGACACCCGGCCCUUCUCUCGCCCUCGGCCCCUGGAUGCCCAGCAGCUCAUCACGGCCCCCCCGCCACCCAGCCCCUCCCGGCCGCGCAGCCCCUGGGGGCAGCUGGACCCCUACGACUCCUCCGAGGACGACAAGGAGUACGUGGGGUUUGCCACGCUCCCCAACCAGGUCCAUCGCAAGUCAGUGAAGAAGGGCUUUGACUUCACGCUCAUGGUGGCAGGGGAGUCUGGGCUGGGGAAAUCCACCCUUGUCAACAGCCUCUUCCUGACGGACAUGUACAGGGACCGCAAGCUCCUGAAUGCCGAAGAGCGCAUCACGCAGACGGUGGAGAUCACCAAGCACGUGGUGGACAUUGAGGAGAAGGGUGUCAAGCUGCGCCUGACCAUCGUGGACACGCCGGGCUUCGGGGACGCCGUCAACAACACUGAGUGCUGGAAGCCUGUGGCUGACUACAUCGACCAGCAGUUUGAGCAGUAUUUCCGCGAUGAGAGUGGCCUGAACCGGAAAAACAUCCAGGACAACCGCGUCCACUGCUGCAUCUACUUCAUCUCGCCCUUCGGCCACGGCCUCCGGCCCCUGGAUGUGGAGUUCAUGCGAGCCCUGCACCAGCGGGUGAACAUCGUGCCUGUGCUGGCCAAGGCAGACACCCUGACGCCCUCUGAGGUGGAGCGCAUGAAGAACAAGAUCCGCGAGGAGAUCGACCACUACGGGAUCCGCAUCUACCAGUUCCCCGAGUGCGACUCGGACGAGGAUGAGGAGUUCAAGCUGCAGGACCAGGCGCUGAAGGAGAGCAUCCCCUUCGCUGUCAUCGGCAGCAACACGGUCGUGGAGGCCAAGGGCCGGCGCGUCCGCGGGCGCCUCUACCCCUGGGGCAUCGUGGAAGUGGAGAACCCGUCCCACUGCGACUUCGUGAAGCUGCGCACCAUGCUGGUGAGGACACACAUGCAGGACCUGAAGGACGUGACGCGGGAGACCCACUACGAGAACUACCGCACACAGUGCAUCCAGAGCAUGACCCGCAUGGUGGUGAAGGAGAGGAACCGCAACAAACUGACGCGGGAGAGUGGGACAGAUUUCCCCAUCCCUGUCAUCCCCCCGGUGCCUGAUUCGGAGACGGAGAAGCUCAUCCGGGAGAAGGACGAGGAGCUGCGGCGCAUGCAGGAGAUGCUGCAGAAGAUCCAGAAGCAGAUGAAGGACUCCCACUAGCCCCCUCCUCCUCGUCCUCCUCCGGCCGUGUGCCACGCGGAUCAGAGAUGUUUACAUCACGCUCCAUCCCAGCCAAGCUGCGAGACUCGGUACCAACAACACCUCUCACCUUAAGCUGCUGCGGUAUCGCCUUAUGGACCUGGGCACCGCGAGGGACGGGGUGCCCAGCCCGGGGGUCCCCCAAACCCUGUCCCGGCCACCCCUGCACCCCCUGGGCUGGGUGCAGCUUUGUCCCCAGCGCUUUGGUUCCUCCUCUGUCGCCCCAGCCCCGGGUAUCUCCCAGGAGGCCACCACCACCCUGCUCCCCACCUUGUGGCUCUUGUCCCUGUGUCACCUGGGGCUGCCUGCUCAGUGUAAAAGGAGAUGAAAGGAGAGGACAGUCCCAGCCCUACAAAACAGGGGCCGCCCCACUGCUGGUUCCCACUUUGGGAAUGGAAGGGAAAAUGUGACUGUAGGGGGCCCGUGGGUCACUGAGGGGCUGGAGGGACAGCCACCACUUGGGCCCGUGGCCACCUCGGUGCCAGCAGAGAAGGGCCUGAAGCUUGAUGGUGCCCAGCCCCAUGUCCUGGGCAUGUUCCCUCUCCCCAGUGAGCAUGGUCCCAUGGGAGCACCCCCAGUCGGUGCACAAGGAGCCUUGGGGCAUCGCUGUCCCUGUAGAAAAUCCCUUGAACCCUAAGUCCCCAUGAGCAGAGACCGCCCCCGAUGUUGGCCCUAUAGAGCAAUAAUCGCCCUCCCCUCCCUUGGCAAGAGCAUCAUCCCUCGCUGCCAUUUCGGCCCCUGGUGCCGCUUGCUUUUCUCUUGUGUCCCUGUGCCCCCCCAGGACGUCCCCGCCUGUGCUGCUUGCAGGCAGAGCGCUGCUGCCUGGCCUCAGGGGAGCCCCCCCCAGCUCCCUGCUUCCCUGCGGGCAGUGGGGAAAGGCUGAAGGGGAUGGCCAGGCUGCGGGGUGGGGGCAGAACUGGGGCACAGGGCCAUGUCCCCUCCCUGCCAGGGCCCAGGCCACCCUCUCAGGGUGGGUUUGAGCCCCCACGGUGUGGCUGGAGGUGUCCCAGGCUGGGUGGCACAGGGUGCCGGGGACAAUGCCUGGUGGGUACCACCCGUGUGCCCGCAUCGGCUGCAGCCUGAGGGCUCCUUCUGUCACCGCCCCAUGAGCAAGGACCUGCAGGCUGUGUUAGCGCUUUCCUUUUUUUACCUUGCUAUUUUCUUACAGAAGUACCUACCUUUGCAUGACGGUCAUAGAUGCAUUUAUUAAAGUAUACAAAGAGUAUAGGUUUAUAAAUUCUUAUAGAGCUAGUGGAAAUAUUUUUAACCCGUCCACAAACGUUCUCAAUAAAUACGGCUGACCUGGCUUGUCUGC